AUGCUCGCGUAUAGCCUGUUGUUCACCGCCGCGUACCUCAUCCACGUGGCGACCUACUGCGCCCAGAACCUGAAGGGUCUCGGUUACUCUAAUGUGGCGACCAAGUCGACCAAGGUGGAAGAGUCGGAUGAGUACGUAGGUCGCGAUGAGCGCCAGGACGCAAAUUCGCACAAGUACACCCACGUAUUCCCGUUGUUCUAUGAGAAGGCCAAGGCGAUGGAAAACGAGGUUGCCAUCACAGAGCUAGAAGAUUCUGAAGUAAAAAGAGAAACUACCUACGGACAAUUAUUCCAGCAGGCUCUAAGUUUAAGUCAUCACCUUAACACCCUGGAUGGAGGAGUACCGAUGAAAAAGUAUGAAGAAGCAUGCAACAAAGGGCAAUUCAAACUGUUAGGAAUUUAUGGAUCCAAUUCUGCUAAUUGGUUAGUGGCUGACUUAGCCUCCAUGGUUAGUGGAGUCACAUCCCUAGUGAUGCACUCCAAGUUUAGCAUUGAUGAAGUGUGCGAAAUAUUGAACGAGAGCAAACUGGAGUGGCUAUGUAUAGACCUGAACUUGGUGGAGUCUUUGCUUGAGAGGAAGGAUAAAUUACCCCAUUUAAAAAAAUUAAUCAUAUUGGAUAAUUUAAAUCAUAACACAAAUAAAGGAAAGCGAGCGAACCGCCCAGGGGCUCCCACAGAAACGCAAGAACAGAAGGAGAAACGAGAAAAAUCGGAAAAGUUGGAAAAGGAGAAUUUAGAUUUGUUUAAAAAAUUGAAAGCGAAAGCAGAAGAAUUACAAAUGAGUAUGUGUGAGAUAAAUGACUUAACAAAGGAUAAGGUGACCAAAUACAAUGUAGCAAAAAAAUCUGAUCCGGAACAUAUAUCUACCAUUGUGUAUACUUCAGGCACUUCAGGAAAACCAAAGGGAGUCAUGUUAAGUAAUAGAGCCCUGUACUACACUGUGGUACCAGUUAGCAAAUUAAGCAUUUUCGCAACGUUCCAGCCAAAACACCAUUUUUCCUAUUUACCCCUUUCGCACAUAUAUGAACGAGCCAUAGCAUACUUAAGUUUUUAUCGAGGCAUACACAUAAGAGUAUGGAGCAAAGACAUAACCCUUUUUUCAAAAGACCUGUCUCAGUCAGGUACUAACAUCGUUGUGGGGGUGCCCAAAGUAUUCAACAGAAUAUACACAAGCAUCAUAAAUGAAAUUGCAAAGUUACCUCCAUUUAAAAGAUUUAUGGUGCAAAGAAUAAUAGCUAUGCGUAGGGCAAAUAAUUCUGGGGCAUUUUCAAAAUUUCUCGAAGACUUAACUCACGUGUCACAAAAAAUAAGAGACACAAUUAACCCCACAGCGGAUGUAUUUUUAAGUGCAGGUGGAAAAAUAUCUCCUAAAGUUGAAAGAGAUCUAAGUGUUUUAUUAAAUAUUAAUUUUUACCAAGCAUAUGGUUUGACUGAAACAACUGGACCCGUCAUAGUUCAACAUGUCAGGGAUACGUCCACAGGUAAUAUUGGAGGACCUGUGUCUCCGCAUGUACAAUAUAAAGUACAAACAUGGGAAAAGUAUAACGCUAAGGCCAAACCACCAAGAGGAGAACUACUCCUAAAGGGACCACAAUUAUUCAGUGGAUACUUCCUUAAGCCAGAACAAACAAAAAAUGCAUUUACAAAGGAUGGUUUUUACAAAACAGGAGAUGUCGUACAAAUAAAUAAAGAUGGGUCUAUUACCUUCUUGGACAGAUCUAAGGGGUUAGUAAAAUUAUCACAAGGAGAAUACAUCGAGACAGAAAUGCUUAACAAUUUAUACUCAGACAUAGAAUUUGUUAAUCAUUGUGUAGUGUAUGGUGAUGACUCCAUGGAUGGACCACUCGCCAUUCUCAACCUAGACAAGAGCUUAUUCGCAAAAUUUCUCGAGAGAGAUGGGGUCUUAAAAGAACAAGGAAUAACCAUUGAGGAGUUCUUAAAAAAUUUGAACGAUGAAAAACUUAAUAAGGAGGUGUAUCUCAAAUACGUCAGGGAAAAAAUGCUCGGCAUGUACAAAACGACCAAUUUAAAUCGCUACAACAUUAUAAAUGAUAUUUAUCUCACUGGUAAAGUGUGGGACACCAGCAACUACCUCACCCCUACUCUGAAGGUCCGAAACUUCUACGUCUAUAAGGACUUUCAAUCCUUCAUUGAUAAAAUCAGGAAGGGUUAUAAGGAUAAAAUGAAACUCAAGAAUAAAUAG